UUAAUGGCGAAGCAAUGGAAAGCUCACUGCCUUCUAGUGCCUCAUCCAUCUCAAGGCCAUGUCAACCCAAUGCUUCAGUUCUCCAAGCGCUUACAACACCACAAAGUGAAAGCAACAUUUGUUAUCCCUCGUUCUUUCUGGAAAACCAUUACCAAUCAAUCCACCUUUAAAUCCUCCAUAGCUUUCGAAACCAUCUCAGAUGGCUAUGAUGAAGGAGGAAGAAAGGCAGCAGAGAGUGGUGAAGCUUAUGUAGAACGUUUUCGGAAGGUAGGAUCUCAAACCCUAUCAGAACUUCUAGACAAGCCUUCCAACAAUGGCCUCCCUCCUGUAAAUUGUGUCAUCUAUGAUACUUUCCUUCCAUGGGUUCUUGAUGUGGCCAAGAAAUUUGGGCUUAUUGGUGCUGCGUUUAUGACUCAAUCUUGUACUGUUAAUAGCCUUUUCUUCCAUCUUCAUCAAGGGACUUUGGAACUUCCGGUCAAGGAGAGUAAAAUUCUGCUUCCUCACCUGCCAGAACUUGAGCCUUCAGAUUUGCCAUCUUUUUUAUAUCUUCAAUAUGGAAUGUACUCGUUCUUUUGGGACUAUCUUGUUGAACAUUUUUCCAACAUUGGAAAAGCAGACUGGGUCCUCUCCAACUCUGUUUAUGAACUGGAGCAUCAGGUGGUGGAUUGGAUGAGAAAGAUGUGGCCUUUGAGGACAAUAGGACCAACUCUGCCAUCCAUGUUCUUAGACAAGAGGAUCCAAGAUGAUGAUGACUAUGAUAUAAACAUAUUCAAAUCCAACAAUGAUCUUUGCUUAGAAUGGCUUCAUGAUAAGCCUAAAUCAACAGUUUUAUAUGUCUCCUUUGGAAGUAUAGCAUCUCUUAGUGAGGAACAAAUGCAGGAACUAGCAUUGGGUUUAAUAGAUACUGACACUUAUUUCUUGUGGGUUGUUAGGGAAUCUGAAGAGGCUAAGCUCCCAAAGAACAUUCUAGAAAUUGCUUCAGAGAAGGGUUUGAUAGUUAGAUGGUGUCCCCAACUGAGAGUACUGUCACACAAGGCUGUGGGAUGCUUUGUUACCCACUGUGGGUGGAAUUCUGCCUUAGAAGCUCUGAGUUUAGGAGUUCCUAUGAUAGGGGUACCAAACUGGAGUGAUCAAACCACUAAUUUGAAGGACAUUGUGGAUGUUUGGAAAGUGGGAAUUAGAGCUCCAAUGGACCAGAAAGGGAUUCUUAGACGAGAAAUGUUGAAAAAUUGCAUAAAGGAAGUAAUGGAAAGUGAAAAGGGAAAAGAAAUGAAGAACAAUGCCAUGAAAUGGAAGAAUUUGAUUGGGAAUUCUGUUGAUGAGGGAGGAAGUUCUGAUCAAAAUCUUGCAGAAUUUGUGGCUAAGAUUUCUCAGCACUAGUGAGCUUCGUGAUCUUUAGCUAUAGUUGAGUCUGAAUGAAAGAUUUGAAAUUUCAUGCGGCUCAUAUAAACACUUCUUAUGUUGGCAUAUCAAAGGAAGGAGGCCAUGGAAGCCAGGAUGAAACUCCACCGUUGAAGCGGAUC